AUUUUAUGAAAAAAGAUUAUGAAGAAGAAGAGGAAGAAGAAGAAGAAGAAGAAGAGGAGGAGGAAGAAGAAGAAGAGAAACCAUAAGAACGUAUAUAAUAAGAAUUGAUAAAUGAUUAGCAACUGUUUAAACAUUAGCAAGAGAUAUUCAUGGAGUCUGUUUUUAAGCAAAAAGUAUAAUGAAUAGAAUGCACACAAAUAUUGAUCCCCCAUAAUAAUACUAUUAGUAAUGAUAUAUAAAGUGAAUCAGACCACCACCAUAUUGGGAUUAUUAAAAUUAAUAUUAUGAUGGAUAUCAAUAGUAGCCUAAUUAUUAAUAUCAAUAACCAAUUCGAUAUGAGAAAAUAGAGGAUCAAUAAGAUUAUUAAGAUUAUUUAGAAUAUAUGAGAUUCAAAUAAUUUAAGUAUUAAAUAGUUAAUUAAUUUUUUUAAGAGAAACUCAUUAAAGUGAUUUUUCUGGGUAAGGAUCUUCAAAGAUCAUUUAGAAUUAUUAUAAAACACUCUAAUAAUAAACAAUGAAAACAUAAGUUUAAUAGAAUGCAAGUUAAUUGUAUAGAAGAAAUAAUAUGGAUUAAAGUUUUAAGAAUAGUACAAAAUAUGGUUAUUAUUGA